AAGGGCGGGAUCGCUCGCUCUCCGCCGAGCCCCUCUCUCUCUCUCUCUAGACCUUCUCCCAUGUCGCCGGAAGGCGAGGCGGAGCCGCCUCCCUCCUCCGCCGCCGCUGCCGCCGCCGCCGACGGCGGAGGGGGAGCGGCGGAGCCUCGGUCGCCCCCGCCGCGGCCCGAUCGCGACCCCGCCGGGUCUCCGGAGGAGAAGGCCCCGGAGGACCUGUCGCCGCCGUCGUCCGACGACGACGUUGAUCCCGAUCAUGGCAAUGGCGAGGGUCUUGCUGAUUCCUCCGCCGCCGCCGCCGCCGCCGCCGCCGGCGUCGAUGAUCUCAAGCGGAAGAUCAUCAGGCAGGUGGAGUAUUAUUUCAGUGAUGAAAACUUGCCCACUGAUAAUUAUAUGUUGAGUUGGAUUAAGAAGAACAAACAAGGAUUCGUUCCUAUUGGGAUAGUUGCUUCAUUUAGGAAAAUGAAAAAGCUAACCCUAGAUCAUUCAGUUGUUGCAACUGCACUGAAGGAGUCUACAUUUUUGGUUGUGAGUCCAGAUGGGAAGAAGGUGAAGCGACUUCAUCCUCUUCCAAGUACAGAGGCUCUGGAUCCAAAGUUACGUACUGUUCUGGUGGAGAACCUGCCAGAAGAUCACUCAGUGGAGAACCUCAAGAGAAUUUUUAUUGAAGUUGGAAAGGUGAAGAGUAUCUCUGUCCAUGAUCCUAGUGCAGUAGAAGAGUCAAAAAAGCAUGGCAAGUCAGAAAAACUUCAUAGCACCAAGUUACAUGCUCUCAUAGAAUAUGAGGCUGUUGAAGCUGCUGAGAAAGCGGUUGCUGCUUUGAAUAAUGAAGGGGACUGGAGGAAUGGCAUGCAUGUCAAGAUUCUAAAGCGCAUGGGCAAGCAAGGGCAGAGAAAAGUAAUCUGGAGGGUUACUGAAUCUGAGAAGAACGGUUCUGCUCAUUUAUUCGAUCAAGUUGGUGUUGAGGAAGAUCACAAGUUAAGUGAGCAUCAUGAUAGUGUGCCUGAUGAAGAGGAUGGAGACCAUAUUCCCAAGGAGAAAAAUGAGGACAGAAGCCGAAACCAUGGGCGACCAAGGAGAUACAAUCUUCGCGGGGUGAAUGGACACGGGCAUGGAACUACAACUUCUACACACAUCGUUGAGCCCUCAAAACCUCCUCCAGGCCCAAGAAUGCCUGAUGGAACAAGAGGAUUCACUAUGGGUCGUGGUAGACCUCCGGUUCCUGAUCUAAGUUAAGCAGAUCUACCGUCAUAUGGAGUGAGCUGUGAGGUUCAUGCUCAGUUAAUUCAGUGCUCAAAGCUUUGAUUGAAUGUUUCUGGCGUGGUCGUGGAUGUAUGGUGGAUUGAUUGUGCGAAGGAGAUGGAGCUGUGCAUCCAUGUUUUGUGAGCAAAGGGAUUGUAAUUUAGUAGUAAGAAAAUUCCAUCUCUUGGGCAGCUUGUGCAUUAGCUUCUGAUAUUGGGACUUCAUUGUGGACUUGUGACAGCCUAAAUUACAAGUUUUUUCUUGGUUGGGCGAUCGAAAACUGUAACUUGUGUAGUUUCUGUAAAGUUUGGCAUAGAUAAUAUGUGUGGAGAACAAUAUUUGAGGUCUUCAAAGAGAUCUGGGGUUUAUAAACAAGGAACACCCCAAUGUUUGUAGCCUGGUUUCGUUGGUCUCUGCAUUUGAAGAUAAAUUAAUUUCAUUA